AUGGACUACACGAUGGAGGACACCCAAAAUGCUGUGCCCGAGACCCUCGAGGCUACCAAGCUGAACGGUGCCGGACAGCGCAACGAGACACAGAGCGUGACCAAGCGCUUACAAGCUGAGCUCAUGCAGCUGAUGAUGUCGCCCUCGCCUGGUAUCUCUGCAUUCCCCAACGCCGACGGCAACCUGCUCUCCUGGACAGCCACUAUCACCGGUCCAACCGAGACUCCCUACGAGGGCUUGACUCUCAAGCUCACCUUCGACUUCCCCAAUAACUACCCCUAUUCUCCACCAACCGUCCUCUUCAAGACACCAAUCUAUCACCCCAACGUCGACUUUUCCGGUCGCAUCUGUCUGGACAUCCUCAAGGAUAAAUGGAGUGCUGUGUAUAACGUGCAGACUGUGCUUCUAAGCUUGCAAAGCCUCUUGGGCGAACCCAACAAUGCGAGCCCACUCAACGCACAAGCCGCAGAGCUUUGGGAUUCUGACCAAGCCGAGUUCAAGAAGCAAGUCUUGAAUCGCCACCGUGACCUGGAUGACGAGUAA